UUGUUUAUAUUUUGUAUUGUUAUGAUUAUAUAACCAUAAAAUCCCAAUUAAUCAAAAGAAAAUGUUAAAGGAUUGAAAUAUAAUAAUUGUACAAUAAAUAAUUAGAAAAAUAAUAAAUUAAAAAUGAAGCUUAAUUGUAAUGUUGAAGUAAUAAACAGAUCAAUUCAAAAUGUGUCAAGAAGAAAAGCUCAAAAAUCAUGUCUAGCAAUUGGUAAACAAUCAGUUAAAAAUCCAGAAUUAUAUUUAUUAUUACAAACAACACAAAAUAAACAAGGAACAAAAUACAAAAUUGAUGAUAACAUUCAACAAGUAUUUACAAAAUUUAUUGAUCAAGGAAAAACAACAAUACGCCUAAAUGAACCACCUCAUGAUUUAAUAAUACAAUCACAAGAUCCAAUACAAUUAAAAAGUUUUCUUCAUGUAUUAAAAUUAGGAGUUGGAAAAAAGCUUGAUGUAUCAGUGUUAUCAGUAUCAAAUUUAACACCAAAAACAUUACCACAAACAAGAAAAACAAAAGUUGUAAUUAAAACAAAAUCUGAUUAUCCAGUUCUUGAAGGUUUUCCUCGUACAACUGAAGAGCUAACAAUAAGUGGCCUUGAAAGAAAAUCAUUUGAUCGUGGAAUAUUAAGAUUACAAAGUUUACGUAUUUUAAAUUUAUCAAAUAAUUAUAUCAAAUCAUUACCAAAAGAAUUAGGUAAUUUAUCACAUUUAAAUGAGCUAAAUGUAUCAAAAAAUUUACUUGGUCUUGGUGAAGUUAACAAAUGGACAUGGUUAAAUCAAAAAAAUUUAUCUAAAAAUUUAAGGCUUCUAGAUUUAAGUGGGAAUCAAUUACAAAAUUUGCCAAAUCAAAUUGGUAAAUUAUUAAAUUUAUUCACUUUAAAUAUUAGUGAUAAUAAGUUAAAAAAUUUACCACUUAGUAUUGGUGUUUUGCCAACAUUAAAAUAUCUUGAUGUAUCACGUAAUGAAAUUGUUGCAUUGCCUGGAAGUAUAAGGGGUCUUCGACUGGAGAGUAUUAAUGUCUCUGAUAAUUUAUUGAUGCUGGACAAUCAGACAAUGACAAGCAUCAUUGGAGUAUCAUCGUUGACAGAAUUCGCUGCCCAAGUUGUUCUCAAGCACCGGAUGUCUUAUGAUGCUAGUACAAUACCAUUUACACUUGUUAAUUAUUUGGAUAAUGCAAGUUUUUGUGUCUGUGGAACAGCUGUUUUUAAUAUAUUUUAUCGUAAAAUAGUAACAAUGGAUUUAAAAAGAAUAGCUAAUAUUGUUACAUCAUCUGGAGUUACUGUUGUUCCAUUUGAUUGUAAUUUUUGUUCUAUGAAAUGUAUUAAACAAUAUUUGCCUGAAUUUUAUUAACAAUUAAUUUUUAUUAUAUUUAUUUCAGUAUUAAAAUAAUUUUAUAUAUUUACAAAAAA